UUUCACACAUCUGUUCCCUCUCACACAUUGCGUGAGGCAUCUUUAGCAUCUCUUCCUCCUGAGAACAGGAAGACAGAAAGUGUGCAGGAGAUACAGAGUAAGCCCAGGGAUGCCACAGACUGAGAGUGAGAGGUUGAAGAGUGGGCGGCUGAACAGUGGUAGACAGCAGCAGCAGCGAGAUCGGCGGGGUGAACACGGAGAAGAGCCAGACACACGUACCAAGCCAAAUGAUUCUGUCUCACCUCGGCUCUAUGCUCGUACCUCUGUUACUCAGAUGGGUUUCCCAUUGAUGAUUGGACCUGGUGGUCCACUUAUGGCCUCAUCUCAGCUCCAGAACAUACUGUUACAGCAGUGUUCCAGUGAGGAGGAGGGGAGACCUUUCCUGCAGCGGGUGUCUCGGUGCCCCCAGUUGAGCCAGCACAGACCCUCUGUCCUACGCCAGGCUGUCCUAGCUGCCCACGUACGACCACAGGCGGCUGGUUCAGCUCAACCCAUAUCACCGUGCAAGGUGGAGGUGGACACAGGGAGCCGUGGACAGUCCUCCCCCCCACACUCUGAGCACUCUCCAGGGCCCACUCGUCACCCCUCUCCCCUGAGGAGAGCCAAUCCUAAGCAGAGCUCCAUCAUCACCAGGCAUCAUGAGCCAGGUCACCCAACCCUACGGAGCUCCAGUGCUCUGUUUCUCAACGGACUCUGCUGCUGGCCAGGCUGCGAUGCGGUAUUUGAAGAAUUUCCACGUUUUUUGAAACACCUCCACUCUGACCACGGCCAUGGAGACAGAAGCAUUGCACAGUGGAGGGUACAACAAGACAUGGUGCAAUACAUGGAGACCCAGCUGACUGUGGAAAAACAGAAACUCUUUUCAAUGCAACUCCAUCUGCACCUGUCUGAACACAAAUCAACUGACAUGAAGGCAGGUUCAGAUUGGCCCUACAGCCACAGCCUGGCACUAGUCCUGCCCCAGAACCCAUCCCCGGCCCUGGCAGCAGAUGGAGUGCCACGCUGCUCCACUAAAGAGCCAGAGGAGCUGGCACAGCAUGAGCAUUGGCCCGCUGCCGCUCCCCACCAUCUACUCCCAGAUCUUGUCCCGAGUGUUGAGUGUUACAAAUACAGCAACAUCCGGCCUCCGUACACCUACGCCUGCCUGAUAAGAUGGUCUAUCCUGGAGUCUCCAGACAAGCAGCGCUCUCUGAAUGACAUCUACAACUGGUUCACCACAAUGUUCUUCUACUUCCGACACAACACGGCCACGUGGAAGAACGCUGUCCGUCAUAAUCUUAGCCUCCACAAGUGUUUUGUGCGAGUGGAGGGAGGCAAGGGGGCUGUCUGGACAGUGGAUGAAAUGGAAUAUCAAAGGAGAAAGGGACAAAAAUAUCACAGGGAUCAUCAUGUGAAAUGGUUGGCACCCUUCUCCUUAUUCCGUCCAGAGGAACCUUGAACAUAGCCAUCCCUUCAGUGAAUGAAAAACUACAGGAAAAGGAAGUCACCAGGACCUAUAACUGAAUCAGGUAUAUUAUAACAGGGCUGGACCAAAAGCCUCCAUAUUAGUUCUCCAGGCGGAGGGUUGACCAGUCCUGGUCUACAGUAUCUACAGCACCCAGCACCACCUUCUUUGUUCAGCAGCAGAUGGUGCUAUAAUACAUAGCAUAGCCCCGGACUCUUUUGCCUCUCUAGACUGAUUAUGAAGAAGUGUGCAUGGCUGGAAUGGCAAUAUAUUCUGCAGCCUUUGAAAUAAAAAUAUACACUUAAAAGUUAUUUGUCAAUAAAACCACAGUGAAAAGGUGAACAAUCAUUUUGUUUUGUAGUGUUGGCUACACAUGUGUUACAGCAAGCAAGUACAAAUUGGACAUUCUGUCAAAAAUUCAUAAAAUAAUUAAUAAAAUUAAUAUUUGAAUGUAUCUCUGA